GUUGCUUGGCGCUGUCAUGGCGGGCUUGCUGAAGAAGACCACUGGCCUUGUGGGAUUGGCUGUAUGUGAGAGUCCACACGAGAGGCUAAAAAUAUUGUAUACAAAGAUUCUUGAUGUUCUUGGACAAAUCCCUAAAAAUGCAGCAUAUAGAAAGUAUACAGAACAGAUUACAAAUGAGAAGCUGAGUAUGGUUAAAGCGGAACCAAAUGUUAAAAAAUUAGAAGAGCAACUUCAGGGAGGCCAAAUAGAAGAGGUGAUUCUUCAGGCUGAAAAUGAACUAAGUUUGGCAAGAAAAAUGGUGCAAUGGAAACCAUGGGAGCCUUUAGUGGAAGAGCCUCUUGCCAACCAAUGGAAGUGGCCAAUAUAAACAUCAUUAAAUGACUUGUGUGUUUAUGGGAAA